ACUACGUUCGUAAACAGCGCUAUUGAUUUGAAGUUCGCAAUGCGUGGUCCUGCCAGCAGUCAACAGUGUGCGCACGCGAGUUGAGAAAUCUCGCUCUAGCGCGAGGAAGCCGUGUUCGUAGACAAUGUGAGCCAGGCUGUGAGUGAGUGAGUGAAGCAUGAGGGCCGUGGCGGUGUCGGUGUGGAUCUUCAUGAACCUGGUGCUGGUGGGUAUGUGCGGCUACGCUUACCUGCUGUGGUCGCAGUACUGGCAGUACGUGGAGCGCCAGCACGCGCAGGCGGCGGUCACCAGCGCCUCGCGCGGCGGGCUGGUGUACUACUACCACGGCGCGCUGUCAGCCACUGCGCCCGCCCGCUACACUCGCAGCCAGCCGCGCUUCCCCAGACCUCGCCACCAGGAGGGGGCGGUGCGGCCCUCGCUGCUGGCCGCGCACAGAUCCCAGCUAGUGGUGCAGCUGCGUCGUGUGCUACUGGAGGAGAGCAGCGCCUUCCGCAAUGGCGGGGCCAACCCGUACGGCGUACGCUACGUGGGCCCGCGCAGCUCACAUGUGGGGCACAGCCCCCGGGAGCUGGUGUGCGAGCUGCUGGACACGGCACGCCCCAGAGUGCUGUCCCGCACGGACCAGCCCUUUGUGCGACUGGGGCUGGCGCACCUUCUGCCCGCCCAGCCGCUGCUGCGUGAGCGCUACAACUCCUGUGCCAUUGUCACCAACGCCGGCUCCCUGCACCGCUCUGGGCUGGGUGAGUUCAUAGACGCCCACGACCUGGUGGUGCGCUUCAACCACGCGCCCACUGCAGGGCACGAGCGCGACGUGGGGCGCAAGACGUCGCUGCGCGUCCUCAACUCGCAGGUGGUGUCCAGGCCUCAGUUCGACUUCUUGCGCUCGCCGCUGUACCGCGGCGUGCGACUGCUGGCCUGGGACCCCGCCAACUACACCUCCACCCUGGACCAGUACGCCCUGGCCGGAGCAGAGACGAGCGGCACGGCACGGCGCGGUGUGGUUGCAGUGGUACCGCAGCCCCGACUUCGACGUGUUCACGCCGUACUUCCGGCACCGUGCCCUCCACCCAGACGCCAACUUCCACCUGCUGGACCCGCGCUCCCUGUGGGCGCUCUGGGACUACAUCCAGGCACACAUCCCGGUGCGCGUGCGCAAGAACCCGCCCUCCUCGGGCUUCCUGGGUCUGGCCCUGACACUGCCCCACUGCGGCCACGUGGACAUGAUGGAGUACGUGCCGUCGCUGCGUCUCACCCGGCGCUGCCACUACUGGGACUCCGCCGAGGACCCCGCCUGCACCUUCGGCGUGUGGCACCCUCUGGCCGCCGAGAAGCUGCUGGCGCUCGCCCUCAACUCGGCCGGCGACGCCAGCGUGUUCUCCCGGGGCUACCUGCGCAUCCUGGGCCGCCCCGGCCUGCGCUGCUAGGCCCCUCCCCUCCGCGCAGCCGGCGAUGCCAGCGUGUUCUUCCGGGGCUACCUGCGCAUCCCGGGCCGCCCCAGCCUACACUGCUAGGCCCCUCCCCUCAACUCGGCCGGCGACGCCAGCGUGUUCUCCCGGGGCUACCUGCGCAUCCCGGGCCGCCCCAGCCUGCGCUGCUAGGCCCCUCCCCUCCGCGCAGCCGGCGAUGCCAGCGUGUUCUCCCGGGGCUACCUGCGCAUCCCGGGCCGCCCCAGCCUACACUGCUAGGCCCCUCCCCUCAACUCGGCCGGCGACGCCAGCGUGUUCUCCCGGGGCUACCUGCGCAUCCCGGGCCGCCCCAGCCUGCGCUGCUAGGCCCCUCCCCUCCGCGCGGCCACCGUCUGCAUCGCCUUCGCUUGAAAGGCUAAGCUGUGUAACAUUUCAAGACAUUAUCUCACACACACAGUCAAACCUCUCUGAAACGACCCCUCACAGUUCCCAGGAAUAGGGCCUUAAUAGAGGGGGGGGGGGGGGGGGGGGUCGUAAUAGAUGUUUUCCGAAAUUUUCAGUUGAUUUCAAACCCCUCCCCAUCCUUUCCCAAACCGCUACUCGCUAAGAAACCAGCCGUACAAUUGCAGGAUGCUGUCACAAUGCUAGAUGGCUUUGCUUUAAACCCACUUCAACCUUCAUUACAAGUCCGUCGCCCUACAGGCCAUCUCUAAAGAAAAUAUGUCAAAAGACAGUUUAUUUUUACUGGUUAGUUUUCAUGUACGUUUUCUACAAGCCAUAGUUAAAUACACUAUAACCCCGAUGUCACUAACCCCGGAUUUAACGAAGCAGUGAUUUUACGAAUACAUUCUCGGGAACCGUCAAAAAAUUGGACAUUUUGACCAAAAUGUGAAAAUCAGAAAAAAAUAAAAAAAAUAAAAACGAAAUGAAAGAUCAUUAAAAUCUGUUAAUUUUAACACACAGCAUAUUUUUGUGUCGGCUUUAAUACUUCCAAUAAUGUUCAUGUAAGAAUUACAAACAAAAUAAUGGGAAAUUUCCUUUAAAAAUAUGGCAGCGGUAGGUUCUGCAACGCGAGUGGGCGCACACGAAGCUCGCCCUGCUGGCUGGCGGCAGCGGCUUCGUGACGCAUAAGCAGACCCCUCCCUCCCCUCUAUAACAUUCUUCAAGGCUAGCUCAUCCCUCCCAGACACAUAUAAAAUUUGGCUAUAAUGAAUGGGGUACUAAAGCGGUGAGGGAGAGGUAAGAUCGUUGUAAAUAUUUUCGGACCCCUUCCUCCUACCAAACACGCCCAAAAAAAAAAAAAGUAUGUCAAAAUAUGUCACUUUUCACACCAAGUUCGAGUUCAGUCAUCUCUGGCAAGGAAUUUACAAGCUUUCAAAAUUAAAUAUAAAUGUAUUUUAAUAGCAAGGGUCCUAUGAAAAGGAAUAUACCAAAUAAAAUCAAGCUGCUGUCACCAAACAAAGCAUAAAACGGCCCAAUGCGUGGUCGCUUCGUUUUUGCUCGCGCGAGAGGCGAGACGUGGAAUGUUAGAAGAAAGAUAAAUGCGGGGGAGACAGACGGCAGCCAGUGUGUUUCCUGCGUGGGGAAUAAGUGGCGUAGCCUUUUUUUUUUAUGCUGGGUGAAGCGACCUUUUUUCUAUCACCCCACGGGAAAAGAUAAUUGCUUGAGCUGUCAAAAUAAACAUCGCUGCGGCAGUUAAAACAAGUCGAGGCGGGCGUGCAUCCAGUCGGUCGCUGUGUAUAUCUACUCGAAAAACAUAACAUCUCAAUUCAUAACAAGAUUCCUUAUAACCUACACGUAUUACCGGAUGUUUUCAGCCUGAUCCAUACAAGUUCUUUAUCCACGUUUUAAAUGAAAACAACUGGCGGGCCAGUGUUGUGCCCUGUUUAGCGGACACAUAAAGCUUUUAUCAAUUUGCUGACAGUUUUAAUAUAUUUUUACUCUUGUUAAAAUGAAGCAGAUAACGUGAUUCGUGGAAUGGGGGUUGUCAAGCGCUGACAGCGGUCGACAGGAAGUGGUAUCUAUUUUUUAGAUAUGCGGUGCCUACGGCAGUACAGCACUCCGCAAGAGAAACGCAGUAACACGCUACUCACCACAAGAAACUUAUUUUCUGUCCGAUUUUCUUUGGAUUUUCGGCAAUUUUUUCACGGUUCCUCGAAAUCGGGUUGUAAUAGAGAGGUGGUCGCAAUAAAUGGGGUCGCAACAAAAAGGUUUUACUGCAUUUGUCAAUAGUACAGUUCGCACUACAUUUGUAAUCAGAUAACUCCUUCAGACUUAAUGGAGCUAAGAUCUUCAAUCAAACCCUAUUUAAAUUCUCAUUCUAGGGACAAUACUUUUCGUGAAAAGUAUUAUCUUUAAACCAAUCUCUAAGAAGAAACUUUAUUUUAAUUUUACCUAAGGUUCAGAUUUUAGAUUAGACAACUUUCACAAGCAUGCAACGGUUUAUUUACCAUUUAGCUAACUGGAAAGUGACAAUGCCAUUAGACUGACGAAAUGUGUUGCAGAAUGUUGAGUUGAUUUGGAAAUUAUUAUUCGCUAAUGAUCUCAGUAAAUCAAGACUUUCGAUAUAAUCCCUUCCGAGAAUCUGGCUGGAAAACCAUCUGCUUUUUAUUCACCAGCAAUGUCUCCAAGUUGAACUGCUUCUCGGAGAGAGUUGGAAUGACCGCGGGAGGCACGCACCAAGAGUCGUCAACACUAACUUUAAAAAUUCUGUUUCCAUGUCAGGCUGUCCAAAGAUGAACUACCUCUCGUGGUCGGUUGCAGUGCAACUCGUCCCGAGUUCCGACCCCGGAUACAGACGAGUCAUCGGGACCAGCCGACGCUGGCAUCCAGGGGUCGCCGUGUGAGCCCGUGCGCACGGCUGAGGCUUGUGAAGUGGGAGAGCACGGUCGCGCAGGCUCGAGGCGUGUGCUUGUUCCUUGAGAGGAGAAGAAGACGGGGCACCCCGGGAGCAACAGCGCUCGCCAGAGUUGCAGUCUUGGGACUGCUCAAGUAUCAAAUUACACAGCGUUAUAAAGUUAUCAUUAUAAAACGGCGCAGAACAGAACUGAACCGAACCGUUGAACAGCAGCCCCAAGUCCAGAAACACACCAUGUUCAAUGAAGUGCAGUUUAAGUUGCAAAUGUAGCACGUAAAACUUUGAGAUUUCAAACCGCAUAAAAUCUGCAGUAUUUAAAAAUACUUGCGUCAAGUUGCCCAAUGCAGUUAUGUGCUUAAUUCACUACAUUUGGGUUUGGGUUAUUAAUGAAAGCAAUCACCUCCAAGUACAGGUGUUUGCAAAAUGAGAAGAAUUCACAUAAUUUGAUAACAGUCUAUUUUUUGAACCUCUUUCUUCAAAACUCAAUGCAAAAAAAUGCGAGUUCAUAUAAAUUUUCCAAAAUACAGUAAUUAACAAAUGUUUUUGAUACUAUUUUCUGCAUAUAGUUUAUAAACUGAAAACAGUUUAUAAAAUACUCUUUAGUCUAAAAAAAAAAUUGUUUGGAUCGCAUACCAUUACUACGGAACCUCAUUAAAAACCAGCUUAAAAAAAAAUAUUUAUGUUUCAAUUAUUUAUUUUCAGACCCCAAAUUAAAAA